CAGCUCUGUGCCUGAUCAAAAUUAUCUCCUGUCAGCCGUCAGUCGCUGAGUGCGGUGACAGCUGAGUAUUUCAUUCAAUCCUUUUCCCUGUACGCUGAAAAUAAUCGCCACAAUGUUUGAGGAGGCUAGUGAAGUGUUUGACAACAUGUUCAAGUCGUCGUUUCCUUUGACCUUUAUUGUAUUUAUCCCCGCGGUGUUGAUUCUGGUGUCCCCACUACCAGCCGAGGCGGCACAUGAGUUCACGGUGUACCGCAUGCAGCAGUACGACCUCCAGGGACAGCCGUACGGAACCAGGAACGCCAUCCUGAACACAGAGGCACGCACUGUGGAGGCGGAGGUACUAAGUCGCCGCUGUGUCAUUAUGCGACUGGCGGAUUUCUCCUACGACAAGUACCAGAAAGCUCUGCGUCAGUCAGCGGGGGCUGUGGUCAUCAUCCUGCCCAAGAACAUGUCUGCUAUGCCUCAGGACAUUGUGCAGCAGUUCAUGGAGCUGGAGCCAGAAAUGUUGGCUACUGAGACCAUCAUCCCGGUCUACUUUGCCAUCGAGGACGAUGAGCUGCUGUCCAUCUACACUCAGACGCUCACGUCAUCAUCUUCUCAGGGAUCUUUAUCAGCAGCUGAAGUGCUGCUGCAUACAGCCACAGCUAACGGCUUUCAGAUGGUGACCAGUGGAGCUCAGAGUAAAGCUGUCAGCGACUGGGCCAUCACCAGUGUGGAGGGUCGCCUGGCCGGAGUCGGAGGAGAAGAGCUCCCCACUAUAGUGGUGGUGGCUCAUUAUGACUCUUUUGGUGUUGCUCCGUGGCUGUCAUACGGAGCAGACUCUAACGGCAGUGGCGUGUCCAUGCUGCUAGAGCUGUCUCGUCUCUUCUCCAAGCUCUACACCUACAAGAGGACACACGCUGCGUACAACCUGUUGUUCUUUGUAUCUGGUGGAGGAAAGUUUAACUAUCAAGGGACCAAACGUUGGCUGGAGGACAACCUGGACCACACAGACUCCAGUCUGCUGCAGGACAACGUAGCCUUUGUUUUGUGUCUGGACACUCUGGGGAACGGAGACUCUCUUUACCUUCAUGUGUCCAAACCACCAAAAGAGGGAACCCCUCAGUAUUCUCUGCUCAAAGAACUGGAGAUGGUGGUUGGUAGUCAGUACCCAGAGGUGAAGUUCUCCAUGGUCCACAAGAAAAUCAACCUGGCUGACGACAUGCUGGCCUGGGAGCACGAGCGCUUUGGGAUCCGUCGCCUGCCAGCCUUCACGCUGUCCCAUCUGCCCUCACACCGCUCGGCUCAGCGUUCCAGCAUCAUGGACGUGCGGUCAGUGUCCCCCUCCUCUCGCUAUGGAGUGGAAGAGCCCCCUGCUGGGCCUCAUGUUGAUGUAAGCAAACUCAGCAGGAACACUAAGGUGGUGGCAGAGGCCUUGGCCAGGGUCAUCUAUAACCUCACAGAAAAGGGAGCACCUGGAGAUCUGCAGAUUUUCACAGAACAAAUGCAGGUGCAGGAGGAGCAUCUUUCAGCGGUGGUUGAAUGGCUCACAGCUCAGCCUCGAGCUGCUCAGCUGGUGGACAAAGACAGCAGCUUCGUCUCCACACUGGAGUAUCACAUGGGGCGUUACCUCAAGGAUGUCAAAAGACACUAUGUCAAAGCUGACAAAAGAGAUCCAGAGUUUGUUUUUUAUGACCAGCUGAAGCAGACGAUGAAUGCGUACAGAGUGAAGCCGGCCAUUUUUGACCUUCUGCUGGCUGUUUGUAUCGCAGCCUAUUUGGGGAUGAUGUACCUGGCUAUCCAGAACUUUGGACUCCUCUACAGCGUGGUGCGUAGAGUCACCCAGCCCAAAGCCAAGGUCCACUAAAGCCUUUUACUUUUCCAGACCCCGCUGUACCUCUUUUCUCAAAUCCAAACACUCUAGUCAGGACGAAUGAAGACGCUGCAUCAAGCUGCUGUUCUUCCAUCUCCUUCAUCCGGAUGCACAGAUGAUGAUGUCAUCAACAUGUGGUCUCAUGGACCAGAAUCUUCAGGAAUCACGUUUCCCUCCCCGAGGUCUCGGCGUUCAUUCCCGUGGGAUUUGUUUUGCAGUUUUUUUGAUCGGGUUUGCAUGAGGCUGAAUGAGUUCUGUGCUUUUCUUCCACCUCUCAGUGCACUCUGAGCCAAACUGGCUUUGUGCUGUUUUUGGCAGCUAAGGAAAGAACCUGACCACUCAGAGUUAAACCUGGAGUAUUUCUCCUUGUUUUCACCUGGCCUGUAACAGUCCACCAUGUCACUCGCCUGUACCUUUGUGCUUUUAAAGAGGCACUGACCACCUGAGUCCACGACCUUUGUUCCUGGUAAAAAGGAUCUUUCAGUCUUAGAUCUUUCAUUUGAUUUCUGACUAAACCUGUUUUCUGACGUGUGCUGAGUAGAUAAACCUGUGUUUGUUUUUGUGCGGAGGUUUGUAUGACGUUUCAUUAGCAAUAGUUUUUUUUUUUUUAUUAAUCCAUGGAGCCACAUUUAAAUGAUUUAGUUUUCUGUGACGUCUGAAAGCUUUUUUAAUUGGAUUGAUGACAACUUGUGGUUUGGCUUUUUUCCAGUUUCCUGCUGAGUGAACCGUUUGUGUCUGAGCACAAGAAACUACCAGAACCACCAAUAACUCUAUCAGAAUACAUUUAAACAUGUGAUGAUCUAUUUUAAAAUAUUUCUCCUGUAGGCAGUCUGAGGCCAACGCUCAGACGAGAAUCCUGUUUACAUAAAAAAGGAUCUUUCUAUGAAAUGUGAAGUUACGUUUAGAAAGUCUUUAUGAUCUUUUCCUGACUUAUUCUAAUUAUUUACCUAAUUUGUGUCAUGAUUGUUUUUAACAGAUCAAGUCUUUAUUUUUUAAUCCUUUUCUGAUUAUGAAGCAUCGUGACGGUUAAACGCCCGUAUCUGAUGGAGAAUACCAGAAAAUCACAGGCAGUAAAUCUGCCUUUUCUUUUCUUUAAUCAGAUCACAUAUUUUUGGUGUGCAGGACAUCCACCCUCAUGAUCUUAAUCUGUAAAAACAUUUUUUCUAACACCUUAGUGAACACUGGAGUCUCAAGACGGGCGAUGACCUUUUAACGUAAAUCUCUCAAACACCGAUCUGUGUGAAAUGCAUUCUUCAACAUUGUGUUGGCGGUUUCUUGCGUGGGUUUUGUUUUCUGUGUGAUGACAGGACUUUAUUCACUAAUCAAGAAGAGUGUGGUACGUUUGAAUCCUAAUUUAUUGCACUGGUUUGCUUUAGUGGACCGAAAUGAGUUUUUUUUUCAUCUCUGAAUCCGGUUUCACCUCCUUCACACUCGAUCUUUGCAAAGAAAUAAUUGUCAGUUGUGAUUAAGAAUAAAAAACUGAAAAAACAA